UCCUGUUCCUUGGUGCCUUAGUGGCCUCGUGGGAUUCCUUGCAACGCCAGCAGCAUGUCUCAGGUACCCAGCCUGGCUGCGAAAGUGCAGCGGGGCUGAAGCCCGAUGCGGGGAUUAUCCGGCAGGCAGGACCCCGCAGGGUCUUUCCCCUCCCUGCUCCACUGUUUAUCUUGGAUUCCUGCCCGACCCUGACAGUUAAGAAAGACCCUUGCUGAGUUUGACAAAGCUGCUGAGGAUGUUAAGAACCUCAAGACCAAGCCAGCAGAUGAUGAGAUGCUGUUCAUCUACGGCCACUACAAGCAAGCAACUGUGGGUGACAUAAAUACAGAGCGGCCUGGGCUGUUGGACCUCAGAGGCAAGGCCAAGUGGGAUGCCUGGAACGCACUGAAAGGGACUUCCAAGGAAGAUGCCAUGAAAGCUUACAUCAACAAAGUAGAAGACCUAAAGAAAAAAUAUGGAAUAUAAGGGACUAGAUUCGACUGCCAGCCACACAACUCAUCUAAACUGAUAUAAUGCCUUGUUUUUCUAAUACUAUGGAUGAAAUGAAAUAAUGAAAAUAACCAGUUAGCCCAGUUCUUCAAGACUGUCCAGGAUGUGGCUCUAACACAUUAGGGGCUGAAGUAGCUACUGCUCUUUGCUGAGUAGUUCUAUCUGUAGGUAAUUAAAAGUGCAUUUGUUACUUAAA